UCUUCCGUGCCCGCAGCGCAUGGGUUAACCAGUCUCUUGCCCUGCCUCUCGCCAACGCGCAUGCGCAGUUGGGACGCAAGAGUGCUGUGAGGUGGCGGAGCGGCGCUGGUCACUCGCAGGCCAUGAGUGGGCGGCCGGGGCUGAAGACGGACUGCGAGGCGCUGCUCGGUCGCUUCCAGGAGACUGAGAGUGUCCGCUUUGCGGACUUCGCCGCGCUGUGGAAGGAGCGCCGCUUCCACACCAUUUUCUAUGGUAAAAUAAGGACUCCAGAGCAGAUAAAGUUCACCAAAGAAGCGUUGGCUUUGGUAUGGCUGUACUUCUUGCCUCCUUACACUUUCCAGAUCCGAGUUGGUGCCCUUUAUAUCCUAUAUGGAUUGUAUAAUAUGCAACUGUGCCAGCCAAAACAAAAGAUCAGGGUUGCACUCAAAGAUUGGUCAGAAAUCAAUAAAUUCCAACAGGAGCUAUUAGAUGCGCAGCAUUAUGAUGCAGCAUAUAUCUUCAGGAAGCUUCGGAUGGACAAAGCGUUCUAUUUCACAGCAAUGCCUAAAUUUCUUUCAUUUAGGACUAAAAAGAACAUGCAUGAAAAGACUGAGAUGAAGAGUGAGUUCAGGGAUCCAAAUGACCGAGUUGCGAUGCUUAGCCCUGAUGACUUCUUAGAGGAAACUAAGAAUGUUCAUGACCACUAUCAAAAAAUGAAGUGUCUGAUCUCUGUGGACCAGUCCCAGCCAGACAAGGCUCUUAAUCUGAUAAAAGAUGACUUGGUACACAAUUUCAAGAAUAUCGUUUUGGAAUAUCAACAGUGGCAGAAGAACAAGAUGGACCCAUCCUUGGCGACUAUGGGUAAAGAAAAGGAAGGUUCUUCGCAAAAGUCAGAAGGAUCUGAAAGAGCCAGAAUAUUGGAUGACAUCAAAUCCAGAUCUUACUCUGCAGUUGUUCAGGCUUCCAAAUCAAGGCGGCAUCGUCAAGUUAAGCUAGAGUCUUCUGUAUCGGGGUCAGAACAUGGGAAAUCUAAAUCACCAAAGGCUAAAAGAACAAGCAAAAGAUUGCAGCCAAUGAGGAAGAAAGAUACUUUGCAAAACAAAGGAAUGUUGCAGUUGGCAGAGGAGCAAGGUGCUAGGAACCUGAGCAUGCCUGUCAUCACAGAGGAUGAUGCUGAAGAAGAAGAAGAAAAUGACCAUUCUAGUGAUGAAGAUUUCAUACCCAGUAAGAGGAAAAUGACUCGUUAAGAGGCUAACCAAACGGUACAAAUUGGUUUUGGAACCAGCCAAUGGAUGAGGCAGCCCAAGUGGCCUAAAGCCACACGACCUUCUGCAUAUAUGUGUCCUCAUUCUAAGAAGGCAGGAAGAAUCCCUAUGGAAAGCUUAAACUGAAGAAAAUCUGUCGUAUGUGGUGUGGUGCAAGAUAGGUUUAUGUGCUGAAGAGGGGAUUUCAAGUGCCUGUGCCUUAUAAAUACUGAGAAACUGUUGUUUGUUUAGAGUGUUUGCUGUAUAUAAAGUUGGAAUGGAUAACUGAUUCAUAUUUUAAAAUGGAUGCUUGGUAGAAAACAUUUUGUUUUUCAUUAAAUGGAAGAGGAUAUUGUG